AUGUGUGAUGAAGCUAGAUGCCAUAAACAGGAGCAGAUGUCACUUUGUAUUAGAUAUUCAAACAACUUUAAAGUUUUUGAACGGUUUUUAGGUUUUAUCAAUGUGUCUGAAAGCCAAAAUGCUAUUUCUCUUGUAUCUGCUAUUUUAUCAUACUUAAAAGUACUGAAAAUUGAUGAUAUUCCAAUUAUUGCCCAAUCAUAUGAUGGCGCAAAUGUAAUGUCUGGUUCYAAAAGAGGAGUACAGACUUUAUUAAGGGAACAUUAUCCUGAUGCUAUAUACAUUCAUUGUAUGGCGCACAAGUUGAACCUCGUUGUUAWUAAUAUGUGCAAGCAUGUAAAGAGGCUAUUUAUGUUCAUUUUUCUACUCAAAAAAAAAAACAAAAAACUGCAAGAAGUACAAAAACAAUUAAAAAUGAAUAAGUUAACUUUAUCUGCUAUUAGUGAUACCCGUUGGGUAUGCAGACAUAAAAACUGCAAAGCAGUUAUUGAAAAUUUUAGUUCUAUUGUGGAAGUUUUAAACCAUGAAGUUGAGGAGGACAAUGAUAAAGAUGUUUCUAGAGCUAUUGGUGAAUUAGUUUGA